AUGCAGCGAAUUUGGAGAAGCGGAACGGAUUGGGAUGAACAGAUUAGCGGUGCAAUAUUGGAGGAAUGGCGCAAGUGGAGUGAUUUGCUAGCUAGAGUACACGAAGUUCGUGUUCCAAGAUGCUUCUUUCCCGGUACCAAGGGAACAUCGUGUAAUUCCCAGAUCCAUGUUUUUGUGGACGCAAGUGAAAACGCAUAUGCUUGCGUUGCGUACCUCCGCAGCGACACGAAUGGAGACAUUCGGUGUACGUUUAUAGAAGCGAAAACUAAGGUGGCCCCGUUGAAACCAGUUUCAAUACCUCGUCUGGAGCUACAAGCGGCUUUGAUCGGUUCCAGAAUGCUGGAAAAUAUAUGUAAGGCGUUGACCAUACCAGUGAAUGCGAGAUACUUUUGGUCGGAUUCCACCACAGUUCUUGCGUGGCUGAGAUCUGAAACUCGACGUUAUCAUCAGUUCGUUGGAUUCCGAGUUGGAGAGAUAUUGUCCACAACCACCGUGGAUGAAUGGCGAAAAGUUCCAUCAAAAAUCAAUGUAGCUGAUCAAGCCACGAAAUGGGAGAACGGGCCCAGUUUUGAUCCAGAAACAUGCUGGUAUACCGGACCAAGCUUCCUAAGGAAUAAGCACCAAACCUGGCGAGUACCAACAGAAAAGGAAUUUUCAACAGAGGAGGAUCUUCGAGCAGUCUUUCUUUUCCAUCGAGAAGUGCCGAAGCCGCUAAUAAAAACUGAACGAUUCUCUAAAUGGUCGAGACUUCUUCGAGCAGCGGGAUACGUGUUGAGAGCUGUUGGAGUAUUCCAUGGGUCGAGGAUAAAGGAUCCUUUGACGCAGGAGGAGUUGCAGAGGGCGGAAACCUUGCUUUGGCGACAAACGCAGAUGCAAGAGUAUGCAGAUGAAUACGCGACGCUUCUGUACAACAAAAAGCAUCCAGAAGCAGAACAGAAGCAGAUCGACAAGUCGUGCGCGCUGUAUAAGCUGUCUCCAAUACUAGACGAUGAAGGUGUCCUUAGGCUGAAUAGCCGCAUUAUUGCGGCGCCUAUGCUUCAUAGGGAUACAAAAUACCCUAUCAUUCUCCCUAAGGAUCAGCAGCGGUACUGGAUUCCUCGGUUGCGCGUUGUAGUAGCGAAGGUCGCCAAGCAAUGCCAGAUCUGCCGGAAUGGGAAAGCAGUGCCACAGGCUCCGGUUAUGGCACCGCUGCCUGAAAUUCGACUGACCGCUUACAUACGUCCAUUUACACACACUGGAGUAGACUACUUCGGACCGGUAUUUGUGAAGCAGGGUCGAAGUCUGGUCAAACGAUGGAUCGCAUUAUUUACAUGUCUGUCUAUCAGAGCAGUACAUUUAGAAGUCGUACACAGCCUGUCCACCCAGUCAUGUGUGAUGGCUAUUAGGAGGUUCGUGGCGCGCAGAGGGUCACCGGAGACAUUUUUCUCCGACAACGGAACCAACUUCGUCGGGGCAAACAAUCUUCUGCGCGAACAACUCCGUAGGAUUUAUGAUCGCUGUGCCGUGACAUUUACCAACUCAGCCACACAAUGGUUAUUCAAUCCACCACUUGCGCCUCACAUGGGAGGACCCUGGGAGCGCUUGGUCAGAUCAGUCAAGACGGCAAUGGCCGCAAUUGCAGAUCACCCACACCACCCCAGUGAUGAAGUUCUCGAAACCGUAAUACUCGAAGCUGAGUCAGUAGUCAACUCGAGACCACUCACUUACAUUCCGCUAGAGCACACUCAGCAAGAGGCGCUUACGCCCAACCACUUCCUGCUUUACGGUACGAAAGGCAUCAAUCAACCGCUUCGGGACCAGAUCGAAAGCACCGGGACACUGAGAGAUAGCUGGAAAUUGGCGCAGUUUCAACCAAUAAAGCCGAUUAAACCUGGGGAUCUGGUAAUGAUAGUUGACGGAGGAAAACGGAACGGAUGGAUAAGAGGGCGUGUCAUCAACAUCGUAAAGGCAAAGGAUGGGCAAGUUAGGCGGGCGUUGGUGUACUCGAAUAGAGGAACUGUAAACCGACCAGUCACUAAGCUGGCUUUGUUAGACGUUCAGUCGGCUUCGGACGAACCGGAAGUAAAUGUCUCGGGCGUACCGGAACUACACGGGCGGGGGGAUGUUGCCGAACCCACUGUGCAGUCGUCACCGGUUGUCAGCCAGCAGCGUUUCGUCGACUCGAAGUCGCCGAGGAUGCCGCCGAGGUUGGCACGGUUUCAAAGCUUCGUGUUCGAGAAUUGCCUCAAAGUCAAUACCAUAGCUAUCGUGCAAUCUCCCGUGCAGUUACUUGCUGCCUCGAUCAUUCGGGGGGUGAAUCAGCGGUCACUAGGGAUUUGCGAGAUCUACAGAAACCACAAUAACGCAGCAAACGAUGAACAGCAACAACAGAUCUGUUUGUUUGUGUUGUACGCGGAAACCCAAAGCGACGGUGAUCGACGACGACGACGGCGGCAACAACGACGAAUGGUUCUCCUUUGGGUUGCUACGCGUGCAGUGUUAGUAGAUACCGGCUGUGAUCAACAAGAAGUAGACGGCGGUGGAAGAUCUGGUCAAAAAGUAGAGUGGUUCUAA